AUGGCUGAGAGCUCGAAUACUCCCUCCUUUCUGGGUCUGGAAGGCCUGCAUGUCUUCAUUACCGGUGCAGCCGGUGGAAUUGGCCGCUGUGCCGUGCAGGAGUUUCUAGCCCUAGAUCGCCGCCCACCCUCCCCUCCCGAAAACACCUCCCACCCCGACGUCUACGCCCGCCUGCACACCCUCCAAGGCGACACCACAGACGAGGAAUCUAUCCGCUCUAGCUUCGCCCAAGCCACGCAGCGCUUCGGCCCCGUCAACAUCCUCAUCGCCAACGCCGGCAUCACCGACGAAACCACCGACUACCCCAUCUGGGACCUCCCCCUUGACACCUGGGAGGACACCUACCGCGUCAACGUGCGCGGCACGUUCCUGACCAUCAAGCACUUCCUCCGCGCGGCGCGCACCGCGCAGCAGACCCUCGGCCGCGCCCUCGACAACCUCGCCAUCGUCGUCACCGGCAGCGAGACGGGCAAGUUCGGCCAGGCGGGUCACGCCGAGUAUGCGUCCGGCAAGGCGGCGCUGCAGUAUGGGCUUGUGCGGAGUGUCAAGAACGAGAUUGUACGGCUGAAUGGCGACGCGCGGAUUAAUGCUGUUGCGCCGUCGUGGGUUGAUACGCCCAUGAUUGCGGGCCGGCUGGAUGACCCUGCGGAGAUGUGGGCUGAGGCGCAGGCGACUGUUGCGCUGAAGAAGAUCGCAAAGCCGGAGGACGUGGCUCGCACGAUGGCCUUUUUGGCGUCGCACCGCGCUGCGGGUCAUAUCUCUGGACAGUGUCUUAGCGUUGAUGGAGGCAUGGAGGGCCGGCUGCUCUGGAAGGAGCACGAAGUAAAGACCUCGUCUGAAAUGACAGCCGUGCGGUCCAUCCCACGGGCCCUGUCCAAACCGAAGAACAAGAUCCGGGUCGCCGUGUCGAUCGACCUGGACGCCGUGUCUGGGUGGUUGGGGACCGGGUAUUCGUCUGAAAAUGUCCUGGCCGAUUACUCCUCGGGUUUCUUCGCGGCCAAGGUCGGCGUGCCGCGGCUGCUGCGCAUGCUCAGGAAACUCGGUCUGGCGGACCGCUGCACCUGGUUUAUUCCGGGCCACUCAGCGGAGAGUUUCCCGGACGAGGUGCAGCAGGUGGUCGAGUCAGGCUGCGAGAUCGGGCUGCACGGGUAUGCGCACGAGGGUGCCUACCAGCUUACUGUGGAGCAGGAGCGAGACGUACUGGUGCGCUGUAUUGAGAUUGCGACGAAGCUGACGGGGAAGAAACCCGUUGGAUACCGUGCGCCGUUGUACCAGCUGCGCGAGUCGACGAUGGAUCUGCUUGAGGAGUAUGGGUUUGAGUACGAUGCAUCCUUAACCGACAAAGACUGCCACCCCUUCUUCGCCCCCAAGCGCCCCCCGCUCAAACCGAUCGACUUUUCCCUCCCUGCAUCCUCGUGGAUGCACCCCAUUCCGAAAGACACGGGCGAUAGGAGACCGCUGGUCUGCGUGCCGUGUAACUGGUACAUGGAGGACAUGACGCCGAUGCAGUAUCUGCCGCAUGUGCACAACUCGCACGGGUAUACUGAUGUCCGGGUCAUCGAGAACCUCUGGCGGGACAGAUUCCUGUGGAUCCGCGAGAACGAGGAGGAGCCAAUCUUCCCUGUGUUGAUGCAUCCCGAUACGAGUGGCAUGGCGCAUGUCAUCGGGAUGCUGGAGCGGCUGUUGACCUGGUUGAAGGGAUGGGGGGACGAGGUGGAGUUUUGUCAGACGGGGGAGAUUGCGAGAUGGUUCCGGGAGAAGGAGCUGAACAAAUAG